CUCACCGCAGCUCUUCAUCCAACCUUCACUUUUUUCACCUUCAGUCUUUUAUCUUUCCUUCAUCUUUUGUGUACUGAUGUACGAUUCCCUGCUUCUCUUGCCCUUCUUUGGAGCGUCUUGAACGGCAUGGGAACCUCCUCGUAUUCUUCCUGUGCUAUGUAAGACAACCCCACAAGCAGAAACCUGGGGCUUGGUGAAUCUAGCUGGACCGUCACCCAUCGGAAACCUUUCGAAACUUCACAAUACAAAUGGCCGGUUUUGUGGGUCCUGUUCGCAUUUCACAACGGCAACACGUCGCAACUAGGUGGUUCGAAACACCUGUUCCGAUAAAUGUGUUGGCAACAACAGGUUUAAAUCCAAGGACUUCCAGUGGGAAUCGAGCUUCGCUACGAUAUCAACACGGUUGAAAGCUAUCUGAAAGCUCUCUAGGGCUGCUGCUUGUUUGAUAGGGGUGGAUUUCCGACAUACUAACCGCAACCCAGAAUGGAUCCUUUUAGGUAUCGUAAAGCGUACGAGGCUAUGAUCCAUGUUAGCCAGCUGCUGGAAACACGCAUCACCCAGGCCGCCGCUGAUGACGGAGGAGAUCCUGAGACCGGAGAUGAGACUGGAACCGCUCUCUUUUCGGAGCACGAUGAUCCAGAUAGCAUGGAAUGGACUCCUACUGGCGCUAUGACUCCUCCUCCGGGGUGUAGACCCCCACCCAUCGCAUCGAAGAACCUGCGCCCUCUAUUACCUGAUAGCGGAGAUGGUGGAUAUCAGCUCCAAGAAGGUACCGAAAACACCGUGCUUCUCCACAAGCUCCAAGAGGGAGUAAUUAUGGAUGAGUGCAUCGACAAACUGGUUCGUGAUUUACCAGAUAUCUUGAGCUAUGAGAACUCAACCACCUUUACACCGUCAACAAUAGAGGUCCCAAAAGAUUUCGGGCUGCAACUAAGUAUCUCAAUCAAUCACCAUCUUGCCCAGGUGGCAGACCGGAAGCUGUUGGAAAAAUAUCGCCGACUCUUGGGGCAUAGGAAAGACUCCACAAAACGAAAAUUUCCGAAGCUGGGGUUUGAUCCUAUUGACUUGAUAAAAAAACAAGCCGUUACGUUUCCGAAAAACUCUCCUUCUCAAGUUUCCAACCUUGACAACGACAUUCAUCCCGUUUUUCGACCGGAAAAUUUCCAUGGGUGCUCAGAUGCCAUCUACGAGGCUCUAAGACCUGCUCUGCGCCUCAGCACCCUUCUCGUAUUGUCUCGAGCCACAUCCCUCUUCUGGCACACGCUGGUGUUUGGGAAGCGGGAGCGUGAUCAGAAAACUUCUGAUGAGUAUGGCCAGCCAUGCUUCCGCAUUCGCGAGGACGUCUUAUGGUCCCCGGAGAACGCAGCUGCUUUUAAGAGUUUCGUGGAUGGGCAAGUAGAUACCGUUCAUUUCAUGUUCCACCGAGAUCCGCUACCGCCAGAUCCUGCCUAUGCAUCGAUGGGUCUUGUGGCCGACUACAAGAAUGGGCUUCUGCGGAAGAUGAACGGCAAAUGCCACACUAGUCGAAUCUGCCUUCAUGCCGACUUUUACACAACCGCGAAGAAACUGAGCCUUUUGCAAUAUCCCGAGCCAGCUAUGGUUCUGCGAUUCAACCUCUUCUUAGCAGUUUGCAUUGCCCACGAAAUGGCACACUUUCUUGAAGUCUCUGGGCCUCACCACGAUCGACCCCUUGGGCAGCCCGAAGUAUUCUUCAAUGAUAACAUGUGGACCGAAUCAGGGAUUGCUUUCGAGCUCAAAGUCUUUGGGGGAAGACUGCAUCCCAUAUCGUCUCGAGUCGACUGUGGACUUGGGCUGGCAAUUUUGAACUAUCCUUUAAAGGAGAUCUACGACAAGGAAGAUAACAUUUUAUAUACGCUACCAAUGCAAUAUGUCACGAAAAUGCAGCAGAAAGAGACGUGGGAGCAAGACUUCACCAACUCCGACUCGGCAAUAUUCCAUGUUCCACGAACUGGAUGUAGGUCUGUCGAGAUCAAUGGUACGAAUUUGAUGAUGUGGGAAGAUGAGAAGGACGCGGACAUAUCGGAUUAUAUUGAUGGGAAAGACACCAUAUUUCAUCGAAUGGAUGACGGGCAAAUCAUCAGGAACCCCAGCUCGAAUAAUCGCAAGCCACCCAGACAGUCCCAAGUCCGCCGGUGGAUUCCGUAUGCACGGAAGAAGAAUACACUAGAGACGGGCGCGUGUGUAUCGAGGGAUCUAGUAGAGGAUGACACUGAGCCAGGACUAAGGGAAGAACAGCAGCAGCAACAAGGAGGGGAGAGCGACAGAGACGAGGAGAUGUUAUAAGCGGGUGCAUGAUGGCUUUUCAAGUGGCGUUUUGGGAUUGUGGAGGAAGGGGUUAAGCAUCUGCUGGAAUUGCAUGGCUGGUUGGACAGAAUACCCUAGAUUGCUGUUAUCACAUAUACAAACAUAUUGGAGGCAUGCCUAAGGUAGAGACGCUAGAUACCGG